AUGUCUGUAGAGGACGUGUCUCAUGCAGUGGCGGUAAAUAUCCCGCUUGAUCUGAACAGCUACAAAGGCGCGCAGGAGAACACCAAUAAGUACGAAAAGAACGAUGAUCCAAGGGUUAUUACAAGAGUAUUCAGUGCCAAUCCACUGGAGGGCCAGAAGAAGGCCGAUGUAGAAUGCGUAAAUUUUUCCAAAGGCGAGGAAUUGCGGCGUGCUGCACAAAAUAUCGAGAUGUCCCCUGACUCAGACGCUACUAAAUUACUAGAUGAUUGGCUACGUCUAGGAAAUGGUACUUCGUGA